AUGCCGAGUCAGGAGGACACAUCCCAGGAGGGCGACCAGUCAGCCAUCCCGACCCGCGUCCAAACAGCAGCUGAGACCACAACCAGUAUCGCUGUUCCUGGAAGAGAGAACAGCCCUGACAGCAGGGUGACAGGUGGUGCUCCGGUGUCCUCAGCCGGCCCAGACGGGGACCUCGGAAGCGCACACAGCACCGGCACAGCUGCCCAUGGGAGCUCGGAGCCCCCCGGGGCACCCCUUGCCAGCCCCCCCACAGCGGCAUCAGAGACCCAGGCAGGCUCCGUUCGGGUCACGAGUGAAUCCCACCGCACACGUUGGACAGAGCCAGACCCUGGGGGGGCCUCAAGCCUUGUGACCUCGGUCAGCCCGUCCCCUUCUUUGGGAGCCACUGCAAAGAUCAGCCCCUCCAAAGGAGCUUCACCCCCAGAAACCUCCACAGACACACUCUCUGCAGAAGCCACAAGGGGCCCAGCCACCGAUCCGCUGACCAUCCCCACUGGGGUCCCUGUGCCAGGAAGCAGCAGCCCCGGGAGGAGCACAGCUGUGACUCAGACCACAAGAAGUGCCCCGGUCACACGUCCAGCUGAGGUGGGGACGGCUGGUCAUUCAAGUGCCCUGGGAACCACACGCUUACCAUCCGAGAUGGUCUCUUCUGCUUUGCCCGAGCUGUCAUCCAGAGAGACUCCAGAUUCCCGGGAGCGAAGGAGCCCAGGACUGACUCCGUCCAACACAGGACAUCCCUCUGCCCCCCGUGAGCCUGGUUCUGAGGAAGACACCACGCUAACUGCCAGUGUGUCCCUGCCAUCACCAGCUUCGGAUCUGGGUGACGAAGCGUCAGGCUCCAGCACGUCCCCAGUGCAGAGAGUCACCUGUUCCGUGACCAUGGGGAUCCCGGGGAGCGCAGCAAGGACAGAGCCCAACUCAGCUGUCACUUUCCUCCUAAUACGAAGUAACCCAGCAGCAAGUUCUGGAAGCGUCAGCAGGGCAGCCUCUCCCCUGGCCGGUCCAUCGCCCUCCGGGGAAGAGACGGCAGGGAGUGAGCUCCCCGUCAGCACCUCCCCUGAGACCUCAGGCUCGCCCAGCCUCCCCACAGCCAGGACUUUGGCUUCGGAGCCUUGGGGGGGCCCUGGAACCCUCAGCAUCACCCCGGCUUUUCCUUCCGCAGCCACCACGUCGCAGACCCACACUGCACUCCGCGACGACACUUGGCCCGAGACCAGUCCUGAAUUCGAGACAAGGUCACCUCUAGCACGAGGCGCUGCUUCGGAGACUGCGUCUCUUCUUUCUGCUACCGGUGUGGCUCCUCGAUCCUCCCCCACCUCUGGAAGCAGCACCUUGGACCUGACCUCUGGUGCCUCAGAUGAGUCCUUGACCCUGACAGCCAGUAACGAGAACACAGUCACUUCUUGGCUACACCUCAUCCGGAGGUAUCACAGCCCCGGGGGUGACAGGCAGCACCAAUGUGUCCGCAUCCGGAUCUCCAGGCCUCCCCAGCACCGAAGCUGGGUGGAGCUCAUCCCCGCCCCUCCCUGUUACCUCUCCAUCGACAGGGCCCACACCCCCAGCGGCCCUGACCACUGCGGCACCCAGGAGAAGACUCACGUCAGAGGCAACAAGACCUGUCAGCUCCGUGUCCCCAGCAGAGGGGCCACAUCUUCCAUGGGCACCGGGGAGGAUGCGGGGACAAGCCUACCUGCUUCAGGGGCUAACUCAUCUCCGGGAGGGGAAGUAAGCUCCUCUCCCGAUGCGUCCACCAGCCUUAGCCUCAGUGCCGAUUCUGCUGAUCUGCCCAGCAGCCGAGCGACCAGGGCCCCGCCCCUCGAUCCCACGGCCUCAGCCUGGGUCUCUUCAUCAGCAUUUCCCGACUUUCUGGCACAGACAAGCCACCCUUCUCCCAAGACUAUUUCCUCCUCAGGGCUAGAGCACUCCAGCCUGGGAGUGGAGACUGGCCUGGCCAGCUCCUCAUCAGGACCAUUUACCUCUUCUGAAGCCAAGAGGGUGCCCUCCUGGACAUCUGGCUCUACACUGCCCGAGGUUCCACCCAACAGAGGCACUGAUGGGACUGUGGUGUCCGUUACUCACUUCCCCGCGUAUGAAGGUUCCUCAUGGCUGAACAGUGACCCUUCAGCACCUGUGUCAGUGGUGGAUUCUGCAGGUCCUCAGGAGUCUGUGAUGACCAGCACUGGGGAGCUGAGUGAGGGGACAUAUGGAGGCACCACGUGGCCAACGGGCGACCCCACACCUCUGAGGACUGUCAUCAGCCCGGUCACAGGCCUGCCCACCAGACGCCCAGGGACCUCGGAAGAUACCAUAAACCCAAGCUCCAGGGAGCCCAGCGGCAGCCACGAGACCAGGAUCACUCUUAGGGAGACUCCGAAAGAGACUGCUCCUGUGGAUACCACCGAAACACGAUGA